GAGUCACAGGGGAAAGAAAAUGAGGCCCCAGGACACCUGGGUUCACACCCAGGUCCCCAGCGAUGUCUCCACCACCGCUGCUGCAACCCCUGAUGCUGCUGCUGCCUCUGCUGAAUGUGGAGCCUGCCGGGGCCACACUGAUCCGGAUCCCUCUUCAUCGAGUCCAACCUGGACGCAGGACCCUGAACCUACUGAGGGGAUGGAGAGAACCAGCAGAGCUCCCCAAGUUGGGGGCCCCAUCCCCUGGGGACAAGACCAUCUUCGUACCUCUCUCGAACUACAGGGAUGUGCAGUAUUUUGGGGAAAUUGGGCUGGGAACGCCUCCACAAAACUUCACUGUUGCCUUUGACACUGGCUCCUCCAAUCUCUGGGUCCCGUCCAGGAGAUGCCACUUCUUCAGUGUGCCCUGCUGGUUACACCACCGAUUUGAUCCCAAAGCCUCUAGCUCCUUCCAGGCCAAUGGGACCAAGUUUGCCAUUCAAUAUGGAACUGGGCGGGUAGAUGGAAUCCUGAGCGAGGACAAGCUGACUAUUGGUGGAAUCAAGGGUGCAUCAGUGAUUUUCGGGGAGGCUCUCUGGGAGCCCAGCCUGGUCUUCGCUUUUGCCCAUUUUGAUGGGAUAUUGGGCCUCGGUUUUCCCAUUCUGUCUGUGGAAGGAGUUCGGCCCCCGAUGGAUGUACUGGUGGAGCAGGGGCUAUUGGAUAAGCCUGUCUUCUCCUUUUACCUCAACAGGGACCCUGAAGAGCCUGAUGGAGGAGAGCUGGUCCUGGGGGGCUCAGACCCGGCACACUACAUCCCACCCCUCACCUUCGUGCCAGUCACGGUCCCUGCCUACUGGCAGAUCCACAUGGAGCGUGUGAAGGUGGGCCCAGGGCUGACUCUCUGUGCCCAGGGCUGUGCUGCCAUCCUGGAUACGGGCACGUCCCUCAUCACAGGACCCACUGAGGAGAUCCGGGCCCUGCAUGCAGCCAUUGGGGGAAUCCCCUUGCUGGCUGGGGAGUACAUCAUCCUGUGCUCGGAAAUCCCAAAGCUCCCCGCAGUCUCCUUCCUUCUUGGGGGGGUCUGGUUUAACCUCACGGCCCAUGAUUACGUCAUCCAGACUACUCGAAAUGGCGUCCGCCUCUGCUUGUCCGGUUUCCAGGCCCUGGAUGUCCCUCCGCCUACAGGGCCCUUCUGGAUCCUCGGUGACGUCUUCUUGGGGACGUAUGUGGCCGUCUUCGACCGCGGGGACAUGAAGAGCAGCGCCCGGGUGGGCCUGGCGCGCGCUCGCACUCGCGGAGCGGACCUGGGAUGGGGAGAGACUGCGCAGGCGCAGUUCCCCGGGUGACGCCCAAGUGAAGCGCAUGCGCAGCGGGUGGUCGCGGAGGUCCUGCUACCCAGUAAAAAUCCACUAUUUCCAUUGA